CCAAGUCCAUAAAAAGUUAUGACUCGUACAAAAUACUGGCUCAAGUCAUCAAUAAAGAAUCCCUGAUGCAUUGUAGCAUUUAUCACUCCACUGAAAGAGGUUCUGGAUUCUACACAUAGCCACUCUGUAGCAAGAAAGGUACAGGAAGUCCUGAAGAAAGUGGUGACAGGGUUACUGGACAACCCUGGACUGGACACAGAGUCUCUGAUGAUAUUUACUCAUGGAUUGAUCACUCAGUCAUUUCCUCAACUGUCUGACAAACAGAGUAAGCAAAAGAAAUCAGAAGAAAAGGAGACCCAGUCCUUCAGACCCCCAAGUUGUCUCCUGUUACCAGAGGAACCUAAGCGUGGAGGAGACAAACCCAAACUGAGUAAGAAAACCAACAUCCAUGUAUUGGUGGAGUUUGGUCUCCAGCUCCUGUGUCUGUGUCUGAAGAGGGGCCGCCUGGUGGCCACAGAGGAGAACCACUGUAAACUAGUGGACCCUUUUAUCACCAUCUUAGUGGACUCUCUGCAUUCUAAACAUAUCAGGAUUAACACCUUAAGUCUGAGAUGCCUGUGUUGGUUACUGAAAUUCAAAUUACCGUCUGUGGAUGAUAACAUCAGGAAACUGGCCAAUGGAAUGUUUGUUAUUCUGAAGAACUAUGCCUCAGCAGGUGCUUCUAAGGGAGAGAACUUGGAGCUUAUUUCUAUGGCAUUUAAGGCGGUGACUGUAUUGGUAAGAGAUGUGAAGAUUUACAAACUGAAUCAAACACAACUCCAAGUUCUGUUGACGUUCUGUGAGGAAGACUUGUAUGAUUACAACAGACAGAGCACCGCCUUCUCUCUUCUAAAGGCCAUAUUGUCUCGGAAGUUGAAUGUGCCAGAGGUGUUGGAGUUGAUUAAGAAGGUGGAGGGUAUGUCUAUCACAGCUGACUCUCCCCAUGUCAGGAGGGAAUGUAGACAGAUAGCCCUGCAGUACAUCCUGGAAUAUCCCCUAGGAAAGCUCCUUGAUAAACACCUAGAGUUUUACGUCACACAGUUGUCUUAUGAGAUGGAGAUGGGACGUGAAUCAGCAUUGGAAAUGUUGGCCACAAUAUUUUCUUCAUUCCCUCAGAAUAUCUUGAAUGAUCAUGCUGGAAUGUUCUUUAUACCCAUGUCAGCAGCUCUUCUUAAUGAUGAAUCCACAAAGUGUAGAAAACUCACAGCAUUGGCCAUUAAAUCUCUUCUACAAAAGAUAGAUCACAAUUCAAGAAAGGAACUCUUUAACAUCACCCAGAGGUGGUUUACAGAUGACAAGAAAAACCAUCAAAUCCUUGCUGCUCAGCUGACCGGUCUAUUUAUAGAAGUAGAGUCCACAAAGUUUUCCCACCAAUUGUCUGUGAUAUUACCUUUAAUUCAACGGCAGAUAGACCCAGGAAGAUAUGAAGAAAAUCCCCUAAGUUCUGAUGGAGAAACAGAGAAAGACAGACUACUUUUCAACUGUUUAAAUACACUCCUAAAGUUACUGAGAGAAUGUGACAUAAUCAGGGAUGUUAAAUGGACAGAAGAAAUGAACAUCAUAUGGGAAUAUGUUGUGAGUCACUUGGAGUACGAACAUAUGUGGGUGCGGUUAGCAUCCUGUCAACUGAUUGGUCUUUUGUUUGCUGCAUGGACUCCAGAGGAAAUUUUACAGCCUUCUAGUUCUGCUCAGGGUGAUUUCAUUAAAUCUGACUCCAUCAAAAAGUUGGAUAUCCCAGCUACAGUCACAGUUUCUGACAGAGGAAUUAGCCAAUCAAAUCAUCAAAAACAUGGUGUUUAUUACCAAGUUUUCCAUGAAGAUUUAUUCGGACAAGUGGCUGAGGAGAAGGAGGUGGCGGGUGUUACUAGUAAACUGUUUGAUGCCAGGUUCAUAAAAAGUUACGACUCGUACAAAAUACUGGCACAAGUCAUCAGUAAAGAAUCUCUCAUGGCAUUCAUCACUCCACUUAAAGUGCUAGAUACUACACACAGCCACACUAUAGCAAGAAAGGUACAGGAAGUCCUGAAGAAAGUGGUGACAGGGUUACUGGACAACCCAGGACUGGAUACAGAGUCUCUGAUGAUAUUUACCCACGGAUUGAUCACUCAGUCAUUUCCUCAACUCUCUGACAAACAGAGCAAGCGAAAGAAAACUGAAGAAAAAGAGACUCAGUCCUUUAGACCCCCAAGUUGUCUGCUCCUACCAGAGGAACCGAAGCGUGGAGAAGACAAACCUAAACUGAGUAAGAAGACCAACAACCAUGUAUUGGUGGAGUUUGGUCUUCAGCUCCUGUGUCUGUGUCUGAAGAGGGGCCGCCUGGUGGCCACAGAGGAGAACCACUAUGCCAUGUGUUGGUUACUGAAAUUCAAAUUACCGUCUGUGGAUGAUAACAUCAGGAAACUGGCCAAUGGAAUGUUUGUUAUUCUGAAGAACUAUGACUUAGCAGGUGCUUCUAAGGGAGAGAACUUGGAGCUUAUUUCUAUGGCAUUUAAGUAUUGGUUAGAGAUUGAAGAUUACAAACUGAAUCAAACCCAACUCCAAGUUCUGUUGACGUUCUGUGAGGAAGACUUGUAUGAUUACAACAGACAAAGCACUGCCUUCUCUCUUCUAAAGACCCGCAAGCAAAGGGGGUACAUAACACAAAGUGUGGGGGAGGGUAUGUCUAUCACAGCUGACUCUCCCCAUGUCAGGAGGGAAUGUAGACAGAUAGCCCUGCAGUACAUCCUGGAAUACCCCUUGGGAAAGCUCCUUGAUAAACAUCUGGAGUUUUACGUCACACAGUUGUCUUACGAGAUGGAGAUGGGACGUGAAUCAGCUUUGGAAAUGUUGGCCACUAUAUUUUCUUCAUUUCCUCAGAACAUAUUGAAUGAUCAUGCUGGAAUGUUCUUUAUACCCAUGUCAGCAGCUCUUGUCAAUGAUGAAUCCACAAAGUGUAGAAAACUCACAGCACUGGCCAUCAAAUCACUUUUACAAAAGAUAGAUCACAAUUCAAGAAAGGAACUCUUUAACAUCAACCAGAGAUGGUUUACAGAUGACAAGAUAAACCAUCGGAUCCUUGCUGCUCAGCUGACUGGUCUAUUUAUAGAAGUAGAGUCCACAAAGUUUUCCCACCACUUGUCUGUGAUAUUACCUUUAAUUCAACAGCAGAUAGACCCAGGAAGAUAUGAAGAAAAUCCACUGAGUUCUGAUGGAGAAACAGAGAAAGACAGACUACUUUUUAACUGUUUAAAUACACUCCUAAAGUUACUGAGAGAAUGUGACAUCAUCAGGGAUGUUAAAUGGACAGAAGAAAUGAACAUCAUAUGGGAAUAUGUUGUGAGUCACUUGGGAUAUGAACAUAUGUGGGUGCGGUUAGCAUCCUGUCAACUGAUUGGUCAGUUGUUUGCUGCAUGGACUCCAGAGGAAAUUUUACAGCCUUCUAGUUCUGCUCAGUGUGAUUUCAUUAAAAUGGACUCCAUUAAGAAGUUGGAGAGUUUGGCAUUGGAUCUGAUAUCCCAGUUACAGUCACAAUUUCUGACAGAGGAAUUAGCCAAUCAAAUCAUCAAAAACAUGGUGUUUAUUGCCAAGGUAGCCAAGCUUCUCUCUGACAGAGAGAGUUCUAGUGACUCGGGUGGAAAAGAAAAUGGUGGUACAAAGGACAAAAAGUGUCUUUCAUUGCAAUGGUUAAUCAAGAAAAUGAUACGGGAAGCAAACCAUGAGGCAGUGAACCAGCCCAAAACUACAAUAAAGGUAGAUAUUUAUGUUUCUUUUGAAUUAUUUAUGUGUUUGAUUGUGAUGUGUUUAAGUGUGUGUUUAAGUGGGUUAACAUUUGUCAGUAUGGACCUCGGUCCUCAACUUCUUCCCACUGUUGUUCCUGUGAUGAUGCCAGCUCUACAAAGGGAGACAAACGAGAAUAAUCCAAAUACUGAUUUAUCACUUAAGAGACUUGCACAGGAAGUGUUGGAUAUACUCAAAAAGAUUCUUGGAGUGGAAACAUACACCCAGCUUUUUGCCAAAACUCACAAAGAGCAGUUUGACAGAAAGGAGACGAGAAAAAGAAAAGAUGCUGUUGAGGCUGUCUCCAAUCCACAAUAUGCUGCAAAAAAGAAGAUGAAGAAAAAUUUAGCAAAACGAGAAGCAAAGAAACGGAAGAUAGAAGAAUAUAGAGUUUCAAAGAAAAUUAAGAAACGGAAAAUAAAAGACUUUGCCAUUACAUCUUAAUAAUUCACCUAAAUAAUGACUCUGUGAUAUCAAAAUUUAUCUGAUGAUAUGUAACUCUGUUCAUGUAUGAUGAAACAUAAAAAUAAUAUUUUAUGCUAGACUGACUUUUUUUUUUCAAAUUCAGCAUG